GCGACCCAAGGCUUCAGGUUAGCUAUCCUACGAUAUUCUCGCUCCAGAUUGUAUAUGAGUCUUGAGUUUGAACCUUAUCCUACCAUUUUCCACUUUAUUUGGGGAAGAAUUUUAGUACAAAGCAUCCUAGAGGUGUGGGAGUAGCUUACUGGGCAGUCGACAACAAAUAUGGCUCCCCAAGAUCCUAGCCUGCAGGAUGAUCUGCUGGAAGGCUUUGAGUCUGUACCCGGUUCUUUUGCGCCGCAACGAUCAGAAAGCAGGAGUACGAUGGGAGGGCGCGAUCCUCCAAUAUCGUACCCCUCAACUCCGACGGGUGAGGUACCCCUGUUCCAUACUCGUACGAAUACAACCAAGUCGACGAAAGGCAAAAAGUCAUUUCCUCGUCCUACAGGUACUUCAGCCUUGAAUCGACUUGUCAUCGCUGUCGAUUAUGGAACGACAUUUACUGGUAUUGCGUUCGCUACGCCAACCUCCCCUUACGCGAAUCUCAAGGACAUCAAGGUCUUGGGAGAUUGGCCCGCUGAGAUGGGAGAUUAUGGGAAGAUACCGAGCGUCAUAUCCUACUCCCCAUCGACCGAUGCCGGUGAGUUGCAGUGGGGUGCGAGUAUCAGCCCGAAUGCUGUGACAAUGUUUAAUACAAAGCUGGAGCUCGACGUGCAGGAUAAUAAGAGCGACGAACUUGACCUCGUCUUAGCGGUGCUUGAUGGGGUGGAUGAUCUCAAUUUUGAGACCGUAAAGGCAUCUGCGUCAGAUCCAGAAUAUACUCCCAAGACUCCAGAGCAAAUUGUGGCGGACUACCUAGCUCAUGUCUUUGAGCACCUGAACCACGAGUUCGAUCAUAUAGGAACCCGUUUGAAAGGGCAGUUACAGGUUGAUGUCGUAGUCUCUGUCCCAGUGGGUUGGUCAUAUCGAGCCACAAAUUCAACACUGCGAGCGAUUGCCUCCGCGGGACUCAAUGAAUACUCAUACCCAUCACUCAGAGAUGUAAUCGUUGUCACCGAGCCAGAGGCAGCAGCAAUGUUCACAGCACGUUCUUUAAAAGAAGACAAGAAUACCGACUUCCUACAGCCUAAUGAUUGCUUUAUACUUUGCGAUGCAGGCGGUGGAACUGUCGACGUUGUUACCUACAGAGUUAUCAGCCUUGUCCCUACACUUGAGCUCGAAGCAGUGACGGUCGCGACAAGCGCAAAAUGCGGUGCGACGUUUAUUGAUGCAAAAUUCAAGCAGUGGCUCAGCUACUAUCUCGGGGCACAUUACCUGGUUCUCGAUCCACACUUUCGCAGACGAAGAGAAGGGAGGAUCACAGAGAGUGGGGAUAUGAGGCAUAUAAUGCGAACUUUUGACGAAUGGAAAAAGUCGUUCAGCAGUCAAAGCGACGACAUCAAAUUCUACGUGCCCGAAGGCCCGCUGUGGGAAGUUUCAAUAAAGGGAAAGUUACAGGAAGGUGAGCUUACUAUUCCACGCGACCAUAUGAUGAAGUUUUUCAAUCACUCCGUGAACAGCGUUCUGGCACUCAUCAAUGGUCAAAGAAUGCAAGCAGAGGACAAAAGCUACCGUGUAAAGAGCGUUUUUCUAGUUGGAGGAUUUGGGGAAUCGCCCUAUUUGCAGGAGGAGUUGACAAAGUCCUUGAACUAUCGCAAAAUCGCCUUGCGCCGACCAGAAUCAGCACUGGCAUGGACAGCCGUGGUCCGAGGUGCGGUUAUGUAUGGCAUUGAGAAAGCCCACCACGAAAAGCUGAAAAUCCCCUGGAAGUUCAAAAGCAGCUACGGUAUCAUGUUAACAGAGCCGUUUUCGUUUAAUUCUAAUAUCAGAGAUCGCCGCUGGGACAAUGUGACGAACAUGGCCAUGGCUGAUCAACAACUCAGCUGGUUAGUUCGUCGAGGGGACUGGAUACUCCCAGACUCAAAAUCGGACAUCGACACCCCAUUCGAGGAACACGUCGACAAACAUUUUGUCUGGUAUUAUUCCGGUGUAGAUGAACGGAAGCUCAGUAUACCGGUGUACGAAUAUGGACAUCCAGACGACAUUGUGCCAAUGAGAUAUGGCUCAGGCCGACAUGGUAUAUACCGAUCUUCUUUGCAGACAUCGAAACCUAGCUAAAUCAUAUAACUACAGAGCUAGUCAAGGUCGCCUCACUCCAGUGCGAGUUGAAUCAUGUUCCAUUAGAAGAGUUUGACAGAUGCGAGAAUGCCAGGACGCGGCAACCGUACUUCGCUGCAAAUAUGACAUGCAGGUUCAUUCUUUUGAGCUCGUCGUUAAUUGCAGAGGUCUAUUGUAAUGAAAUAAAGCUGUGCAGUCAAAAGGUUGUGGAUUUCGAUGUAGGAAGCUCUAGACGUUAAUUUAUCAGCAUUACACAAUUCGAACGUAUUGUUUCCACCGAG